AUGCAAACCGUCACAAACAAUUCUACCAAUCCUAGUGAAGGACGCCAAGCUAAGCCAGUGACGCUCCCGGCGGCUGGUGGAGCUCGUUGGAAAGUUCCUCCCGAUUCUGUCUUCUUUUCGACCAAGCCAAAAGUCUUCAAGUUUGGCUUCCUCCGCAUCCGAAAGGAUCCGUUACAAGAUCGUCAGGACGAGUUCGGCAAGACGUAUCAAGUUUACCCAAGAGAGCAACAUAAAUUCGCCGUGGACGAUGAUUCGGUUACAAAGUACUCCGAUGAGAUCAAACGACAGCUGAAUCGGUGUGGACUCACUGCUAGCGACAUCGACCUUCAGCUUCCUACUGCUCUUCAAGACCUUGAAAUCCGCGAUCUAGAAGCUGCUCUGCAGACUGCCAAAGACGACGCUUACGAUCUGGUCAUCCUCAUGUUACCGAAGCCGAACGUAGGCAUAUACUCACGAUUCAAGACUUUAGCUGAGAGGGCAUCCGGCCUCCAAUCGGUCGUUGUUGUGAGCAAGUUUUCGGCCCCGGACAAAAACUACCUCCUUGCAGAAUGCAUCACCAACAUCAUGAUGAAGAUUAACCUCAAGCUAGGCGGCUUCACACAUUCGGUAAAGGACGUUCAGUCGUAUCUGUCACAGCAGGAUGUUAUGGUGCUUGGUGCUGAUGUAGUUCAUGCGGGGCCAAGUGCAUUCGACGGCUGCCCAUCUAUCGCUUCGAUAGUCGGAUCUGUGGACUACUCAGCGGGUAGAUGUCUUGGCUCUGCACGCCUGCAGCGUAUCGAGAAGGAAGCGAAAGAUGAUAAAGGCAAUGCGAAGCCUGAGCAAAUAACGGAUCGAGAGGUUAGUUUCAUCUCCAGUCUUUCUGUCAAAUCGCUAAACUGA